GAAGGUACUCCAGACUAGGUUUAAGUUUUACACAGUGUUGACUACUUCGAUAGAAUGACGAUACAUAUACUAACGGAAUAACAACUGUUGAUAAAGCCAAAAGGCAUGGAUAUUAUUCACGGAGGUUUAUUUUUCUUUGGAUGUUAUUUUCUUUUAAAAGUUCAAGGUGCUGAAGCCGAGGUUGCAACCUUAUCUCCGACCUCUCCCACCGUGACACAGUACAGUCCGCUGACACUGACCUGUGAAACACAGAGCACAAACACAGAAUUUGUAAUAUGGAAUAAGUGGAUAAAUAAUACUGCUUUCGCUAUCGGAACGAUCUACAUAACUGGUGACAACAACUGUUCUCCUCCAUUUGUUGAUUUCGCACCAAACUCCACACUAUACAACUACGCCUGUCCUGCUACAAACAGACUCACGUUUACAAUUAGGAACGUGUCAAGGACGGAGAACGGGGACAGAUGGAGUUGCCAAGUUCAAGUCGACGGAACACAAGCAAACAGCCUGGAAAUAGCAAUUACAGUGCAAGUUGGGAUCACUGACGUGACAUUAUCUCCCACCGACGACCCCAUCAACGUGAUAGAGAAUAUCCCAAAAACACUGCAGUGCCGAACAUCGGGCGGGUUACCUGCUGCCUCGGUCAAAUGGUUCAUCCAAAGGUCAGGCCAGGUGCAAGACGUAACUUCGCUCUCCACAAACACGUACCAAGUGGAGGACAAGCUCUACGUGACGCAAAGCUUACUAAAGUUUACCCCGUUAAAAGCUGACCAGAAUGGCCAGAUAUACUGUUCAGCAAACAAUGUGGGAGAGAAGAGAAAUUCCACAAAGCCUUCUAUAAUUGUAUUAUAUCCACCUCGCCUACCGUCAUUCAAAUACGAAACUACCACUGGCUCAGUCAUCACCGACAAUACUAUUGCCAUUAUCCGUGGAGACGGAGCAUCAGUGGCAUGUGAAGCCGCCGCCAACCCGGCUCCCCAUACUUACACCUGGUCUGGAUCGCAGACAAACAGCCAGCUGCUGUCUCUAAGCAGCUUCAAUGUUAACACCACCGUCCAGUGCACGGCGUACAACACAAUGACCGAAACAAACGGGAGUCCUAUUAAUAGAAGCAAAAGUUCAACUUUGCAAAUAAAUGUUUGGCGACCCCCGCAUGGUUUCGCAUUACAAUACCAUUAUGGUAUAACUGGAUCCUUGAGUAUAACUCAAGAACUCAAGGUACUAGCCGGCGAGGCCUUCUGGUUGUCGUGCACGGCAGAUAGUUCUCCUCCGUCUACGUACACAUGGACAGGCCACCCUUCUUCACAGGCGGGAAUCUUAAAUUUAACAGGGGGUCUAACAACAAGCCAGUCGGUGUCAUGCCUUGCGGAAAACUACAUGCAGACGACGUACAAAGGCACAGUGCGGGGGAACACGUCAUCUGCACUACACAUUGAUGUCUUGUAUGGCCCAAAAUCGGGGAAUUUGCAAAAUGUUAGUCAAGUUCGAGGGGAAAACCUGAAUUACCAGUGUUUAUACACACCGGGAAACCCUCGUACUGUUGACUUUGAGUGGACGAAAUCCGUAGCAGACGUCUCCUGGGUCAAACAGAACACACAGAAUUUGACUAUUCCAAACUUGCAGCGCAGUGACGAGGCCAGUUACACGUGCAAGGUGUCAAGUGUUCUCGUGCCAACGUUGCCAUUAGCGACAACCACACAGUACGACACUGCAACAUUUUUUCUGGAUAUUCGUUAUGGGGCGGAAAAUUUGCUGUUGCAACUCAACAACGUUUCCCACGCAUCUGUAGAAAUUGAUGAACAUUCAUCAAACUAUAUGAGAUGUUCGCUAGAAAGUGACCCCGGCUCGGAUAUGGCUCUCACAAAAGACGUUAAAAUGAUAAUUACAAGAUCUGGUGUACAUCAACUUACACAUGUACUACAGGCUGAAUGUUCGGACGCUGGAGUGUAUACAUGUUCAGGGUACAACCAGUAUGGAGCGGCGGAUAACGCGUCGGUGCGCUUAUUUGUAAAAUGUUCCCCGAGGCGACCCCCUGGAGUGGAGACACAGCUUAACUUCACUGCCCGCCAACAUGAGAACGCAUCUCUAGUUUACAAAAUAGCUGCAUACCCUAUGCCAAAACCCUCAGAGUUUGUUUGGGAGCGGUGUUGGAAUUACAGUUCUUGUGAGCAUUUGCCAAUUGACAUGAACAAAUUUGAAAUAUCAACAGAAGGUUUAUCAAGUCAAGUAACGGUUCUGGACGUUCAGAUUGAAGAUUACAGACUGUACAAAUUAUCAGUGUCUAAUGGAAUUGGUGAUACACUAGUCGAAUGGUUACACCUUAGACCCAUCGGAAAACCUGAUUUACCAACGGACUUCCACGUUAUCAAAGAUACAAUACGCCAGACGAGUGUUGUAUUGACCUGGAUUCCCGGAUUUGACAACGGAUCUCCUCAGGAAUUUCACAUUUCCUAUGGGAAACGGGUCGAUGACACCGGCUUUAUAUCACAAACGUUAUCACAAGAAGAUAGAGAGGUGAUGAAAUACACUGUUGAAAAUUUGGAUUCUGGAACUGAAUACCUCGUCUCUCUCUUUGCAGCCAAUGAAGAGGGCUCUACUGCAUCUGUGAACGUUACUUUUCAAACUCUUAAACGUGUAAUUUCUGGGACACCAGAUGGUCACCCGGCAGCUGUUAUUGGCGGAGCCGUCGGCGGAGGAGUUGUUUCAAUACUAAUCAUCAUUGGAGUUGUCGUUUUAGUCAUAAGAUUCAGGCAGUCGGGUGACUUGAAAGACAAAGAAACAUUAACUGAAAACCGCCGCAUGGACCCACUUUCUAAACGACCGCAAGAUGAAGAUGAUGAACUGCCAGAUAUUGUUGAAAACUCAAUGUAUGUUCCUGCUGGGGACAUUCCAAAGCGCAAAGGAAACGAAACAAAAACUGCAGCGACUAACAAUUUGUACGCUCAACCGAAAAAAGCGAAAACCUCGAAACCUCUAAAUUCAGAUAUAUACGCUGAAGUUAAAAAAGGCAAUAAGAAGGGCACAUCGAAAACCAACCUCAAAAAGCAAUAUGACAACAAAGGCUUUGAAGAUCAAACGUAUGAAAACCACGAUCUGCAGGAAGAGAAGAAGAACGUGAACAAAGGUGGACUGAUCUAUGCUGAUUUGGAGUUUGCCAAACCCCCGAAGGGUCAAACGAAGCUAGUAAUACACGGCCUAGAUGAUAUGACUAUGUAUGCGGACGUCGAUCUUACUAAACGGGCUGAGCCGCUGCCAGACAGUGAUGACGACACUCCUAGCAAGACAGAAAAUUAACACAUAAACACAUAGACACUUUCCACAGAGCAAAUUUAUUAACAAAUUCAAAACACAGUUUCUCUGAAUGCUUUAAGAAUGAUACUGUUUGAGAAUAGGAUUUAAUAUGUAACACAAAGAAAAGUGAAACAUUGAUGUAUAUAUUCCAUUUAGGAUUUAUUAUAUUAUAUAUAUAUAUCAAAGAAUUUCCUUCAAUGGUUUUAGGAGGAAAGAGUUGUGUUUCAUAAUUAGGUGUUUUAAACGUCAAAUAUCUUUAACUUGAAUUUAAAGUUGUGUAUGUUGUCGACAAUUGCUACAUACGCGUUAUCCAUUGUGUUGAUUCGGUUAAGUUACUUGCUAUUGUUAAGCUGUUUUCGACAUCUCUGUUCUGAUAUAUUCAUUUCAUUUACAUAGCCGCUAAAGCUGGAAAUAUAAGUCAGUCCGUUAUUAUAUUACUCGCAUAAAAAUUUCUAAAGGAAUGUGAAUCAGGCGUCUACAAUCAAGACCUUUCUCAAGCCAUUUUAGUCUAAAAUGAUGUAGCAUUUUUUUGUUAACAUUUUAAGGAUAUAGUUGACGUCAAUCUGUUCAAAGUAAUGACCUCAAUCAUGUAUCUUAGUUUCAAAUCGUUUACGGAACAUACAAAAUAGACUUGUGUUCAAGUCAAUGGAAAGUAUCUGUGCGAGAGAAUUUGUUCCAGAUUUUAUUUUAUGCAAACAUAUAUAGUGUUUCAGAUUGUAAUGGCCCUAUCAUACCGGUUACUCACUCUCCAGCCACCUUACGUAUAUAUGUAUUGAAUGAAUUUAACUUGCUAAGUAUAACUGUUUUAUCAUCUUCUUAAUAAACAUUAUUUAUCCAAACUUGUUCUAUAAUAAUUAUUUACAUUUUGACCAACUUCGUUAUUGCUCGAUUAUGUGUUUUGAAGUUUUAUUUUAUCUUAGUUAACAAACGAUCAUGUCUGCAGGACGCCCGGUAGGUACUAGAAGUACCACCCUAUGGUUGGCUGAACAUUGGCCUUACCACGAUUUUCAAUAAUCACAAACAUACCCGCUUUUGUCAAACUAAUUGCCUGACCGCAUACAAUAUAACGAGGGAGAUCAUUCUAGUAAUAUUAUUCAAUUAUAAGAUAAGCUUUAUAAAUGCUGUUUAGUAGCAUUGAGUCGUGAGGUCAGUGUUAAAGCGUAGUAACAAGAUUCGAUUGAAAUAAUCAACUUUUAAUUGAUUUCUUGAAUUAUCAUAGAAUUAUCAUAGUGUUAAUAUAGUAAAUUGUCUGCCAUCAUAUGAUCAUGCUCUAUCAAUGUGUGUAUGUAAAUGUAACCACCAGAUAUACAAGCGAUGAACUUGAAUGUUUUUGCUAAUAAACUAUUGAU